GGUGGCAUUUUGCAGUGUUUCUAAGCUGUGAUAACCAAGGCGAGAAGAAUAGUUCAGUGAGCUUUUCUCCAUCUUAACAGAGCCAGGUGGAGCCCUGCAUGCUUUUCCCUAAGUGCAGAUUGCAUCUUUGAUUUCUCCUUCCUUGGCUGUACUUGAUUAAACGUUCUCAUAGCCUGAGAUUACUAGGCAAGCAGAAGUCUCAGGAACUGGGAAGAGGGGAAUGAACCGUGAGGGUGUCCCCGGGAAGAGUCCGGAGGAGAUGUAUAUUCAGCAGAAAGUCAGAGUCCUGCUAAUGCUUAGGAAGAUGGGAUCAAAUUUAACCACCAGUGAAGAGGAGUUCUUGAGGACGUACGCAGGGGUAGUGAAUAGCCAACUUAGCCAACUUCCUCAGCAUUCAAUUGAUCAGGGUGCUGAGGAUGGGGUGAUGGCAUUUUCCAGAUCGGAGACUGAAGACAGAAGGCAGUAGCUUGAAGGGCUGUCGGAGCAAUUCAGAGCUGGAGCAGGGCAAAUGAGCUCUAGGAAAUCGAGGAAGAUGGCCGGACAAUCAUGAGUUCCUUUGCCCUCCCUGAUUUUUUUUGUCUUGUCCCAUGGUAGCCUUCCCCACCCCAUUGAAUUCAGUUUUCCUGUUACCUGACCUUCUGAAUGCAUUUCACAGCCGUCUGUUCUAUAUGCCCUGUUGGUGGGUCAGCAAGGCAGUUUAAAUCAAGGACAACUGUAGGAAUGCUUUCAUGAUUGGCUCAAAAAAA